AUGGCCAUCGGCACCAUCCUCGUCUCCGUUUCUUCCACACUGUACCACAGGAAACUGCUCUUCUCAGCCUUUGCAGCGCUGCUGCUUGUUGUGGGGAAGCCCAGGCCUGCUCACUCUUUCCCUCUCAAGCUGAAGACCUCCACCAUCUCGGCGGCGCCGGGAAUCCUCCCUUACGACCCCAAAUUCUCGUCCCUUGCGCCGGCGUUGGCUCCCGACGUAAUGCCGGUGUUCCCCACCCCCGGGGGCAGCGCCGCGGCGCCGCCGGCCAGCUCGUUGCCCACCAUCCCAUCCAGCCCGAGCCCGCCGAACCCCGACGAGCUGCAGCCCAAUUCGGCCACCGCUCCUUCCGGCUCCGCCGCCCUGACGUCGGCCGCGGCGCGCUCCAGGGGCAGCCUCGGCGGCGUGAGCGUGGCCAUGGUGGCUGGGCUCCUCCUCAUGUGGUGGUUGGAUGUCGUGGGCAAGUGA